AUGACGACGCAACUCUUAGCCACGGAGCUGGCGAAUCUCAUUCAGGAGAGCAAGAGGAAACACAAUGACUUGCGACAAGCCGCAGAGAAAUCUCUUGAAGAGUUGAGAAAUUUAAGAAAUCCUUCGGAACAGACGGCUCCUGAAGAGCUAUCCCAAAAGGUCAACUUUGUCAACCCAUUCAUCAUCGCAUGCGGAACCAAGAAUGCCAAGUUCACCGCCAUCGCAAUUGUGUGUCUGCAACGCCUCAUCGUUGCCCAGGCUCUUCCUCGGUCCAAGUUGAACCAGGUGCUAGAGGCUUUGAUGCAGGCCACCUCGGCUGGCUUGGAUGUGCAGCUCAAAAUCUUGCAGGCACUACCUUCUCUGGUCCAAAACUAUGCUUCGGACCUCAAGGGGAACUUGCUGAUGACGGCUCUUAACAUUUGCUUCACCCUCCAGAGCAGCAAGAAUGCCAUUGUGAAUCACACUUCAGCGGCAACGCUUCAACAACUGGUUGUAUCAGUGUUUGACAAGGUUGUUGCCGAGGAUAUUGGCGAUGUUCCGACAGGCGACCCAGAAGAGACUCGUCCUGCAGCGCUUGACGCUUAUCGGAUAUUUAAUGAUCUAUGUCUCAUGACAGAAAAUCAACGCCCGGAAUUCAUUCGAGUCACAGGACUUCCACAGACAUUCGGCCUGGAGCUCAUCGAGUCCGUCAUUACCAACCAUGCAAGCGUUUUCAGCAACCAUCCCGAGCAGGCUCAGAUCCUGCGGGUCAGGGUCAUGCCUCUUAUCAUGAGUGCUCUGAAGGGGAAGCCAAACUUUGCAACCACCGUACGACUCGUGCGUAUCCUCUACACGAUGAUCCGCAGACACAUCAGUAUCCUACCAUCGGAAUGUGGUGAAUCACUUAUGAUUUUGACACAACUCCUCGAUCAAGAUGAUUCUAUAUGGAAGAGGGCCUUGUGCAUGGAGGUUUUUCGAGGAAUAUUUGCUGAACAUGCCCUUCUUCGACGCAUAUUUGCCAUGUUUGACGCCAAAGAAGGAGAAAAGGAUGUUCUCAAGCCCUUGAUAGCCACGUUCGUACGAUUGAGCACCGAGAAGCCUGCGGUGAUUGGUCUUGGACACCAAUCGACACUACCGGUAGCCAAUUUGAACCCGAAUUCCUCCUCCGAUCAAGCCAUCAUCGAGGCGAGUGGCAUGCUUAUGGCUGGUCCCGUUGGAUCCGAGACUACAACCACUGGUAUCAGCACGCAGUGGAGCUCUGUUCGAGUUCCAUGCAUUGACCAACUCGACAAGACGGAAGCUCCGACUAUCCCAGAAUCAUAUGUCUACAGCUUGGUUUUGGCUUGCAUCUCAUCUGUCUCUGACGGGCUUGCAAAGUUUAUCCUUCCCCUCACAGUCCCUAGUGACACUCGGAGUCGGAAGAAGACUUCAAAGCAAGAGACAGGCCGUGACUCUCCUGCACCAGAAGACAAUUCAGCCAAGGGGAGGUUAGAGAGGUCAGCGUCUUUCAAGAGAAACCCAGUCCCUCUAAACCCCCUAUCCUUGGAGGAGCAUCCCCUGUUUUCAGAGGUCAAGAUUUGCGCCACCAUCGUCGAAGAGUGCUGGCCUGCAAUUCUUGCAACCUGCUCUACAUUCUUGUAUGCUGCUCUUGACUCUGAGUACUACCAUGGCCUGGUACGAGCCUUUCAGCGCUUUGCUCACGUCGCUGGCCUCCUGCAACUCCCUACUCCUCGAGAUGCCUUCCUUACGACUCUAGGGAAAGCAGCCGUGCCACCCAACGUUCUUACAGCCUGCGUCAAUGCCGGCCAAGCUCGCCCCCAGACCCCAAGCACGCCUACGGAUACAUCGAGUCUCUUUAGCAAUGCUCGAGGGCUGUUAAGCGUCGACAGCCUGACCCCUGCUACACCCACUUCCGAGAAGCGGCAUGCAUCUUUCGAUGCUUCUGUGGCGUCGCUCAAUACUCGAAACUUGCUGUGUCUACGGGCACUUCUAAACCUGGGCAUUGCACUAGGCCCAACCCUAGGAGGGGCAUGGAGCAUAAUCCUUGAGACGCUUCAGCAAGCUGACUUUGUCUUAUUCGUGAGCGGAAAGACUCCAGGCAGGACUCCGACUAUGAGCCGGGGACCUGAUCAAGGGGGUGAGAGCGAGGCUGCUACCCUCAUGGCCAACUUUGGAUCCGAGGUUCGUGCCGUCGAGACAGCUGCGUCGAGACUGAUUGAGAGUACUGUUGACUUUCCUAAUGAGUCGUUCUUGGAGGUGGUAGCAGCCAUCUGCAAUCUAUUGAUGCAGAGGCCUGUUGAACCACCCGAAGCCAAGCAGCCCCAAUCUGAUGGGCAGCUCAAGACCCCAACCACACAGCCUCGGCGAUUUUCGGGGCAGUUGAGCUCUGGUUCGACACAAGAGGAUCAAUUUGCACUUGCCAAGCUUGGAGAGAUUGCCACCAUCAACAUCGAAAGACUAUUGGAAUACAGUCCAGAAGAGUCAGGCUGGGAUGUCUUGACUGAAGAGCUCAUCGAAACACUGACCUCUGUUACCACGAAUUCAUCUGUUCGGACCAGAGCAGCAGAUAUACUUGUGAAGCUGGUUCUGGAGGCUGCUAGUGUCACGUCUUCGUUCCCAGAAGAAAUCCGUGGUGACAUCCAGCUCCGGUUUUUCGAGGCUCUGCGGAAAUCGCUGGCGCCCCUGCUCAAAGGAGACCGGGAGGUUUCUGUUGCCAGCCACUCCACUGAUAUCGACAUUCACAAGAUCAUCCUCGAAGGCCUCAAGAGCAUUAUUGAAGGUUCUGGAGAGAGUCUCGUCAAGGGAUGGGACAUUGCUUUCGAAAUCAUUGGCACCAUCUUUAUAUCAAAAGAGUUUGAUCCUGCCGACCGUCGGGGCUCGCUCGCCAACCCGAUUCUGCUUGAUACCCGAUCAGCAAAGCUCAUUCGAUCUUCUUUCAACUCACUUCAACUCAUUUGCUCCGACUUUUUGGCGUCGUUGCCAAACUCUUGCUUCUUGAUCUUGGUUGAUACCCUCUACAAAUUCUGUUCGCAGGACGAUGAUCUCAACAUUGCCUUGACUGUAAGCUUAUCUCGUCGGUUUUUGACCAAGCUAACACUCUACAGACGGUCACGUUCUUCUGGUGACCGAACCGAAUGGACCGAGACGGCGGUCGUGGUUCUCAACGGUAUCUCGAGUCUUUUGGCCAAUUACCUCGACAUUCUUACCGUCCAUCCUUCAUUCAAUCACCUUUGGCGAGAACUUCUCACCCACUUCACGACACUCCUCGACUUUCAAGUCUUGGAUAUUAAUACUGCAACGUUCAAGGCGUUGGCCCACGUCUUGUCCCAGACAAGCAAUGACGGCAAGUCAGUGUUCAACAAGACUACCGUCGACUUUGCGUGGGAUCUGUGGGCAAGAGGAGUUCCAACCUCAAAGCCUGCCAAAGGCAAGACUGAGGAUAACCAGAACUGCCUUAUUGCCUACGUUUCUGCCUUGUCAGAGAUUUAUCGGCUGAUUCAAGAUGAUCUCACUGUGGACAGAGUUGCAAGAAUACUGAGUCUGCUGAGAGCAACCUUGGACGAGGCUUCUGUUGGUAGUUAUGUCCAGGAUAUCGAGUAUGUGACACCUUUACAGGCACAUAUUGUCGAAGCGGUUCAGACGAUCCGGACAGACAUUGAUGGAGUCCCAUCUGCUAUGAUUACUCAGGUUGCAGACUUUGUUGUCCUGCCAUUCCAAGCCAGUUCGUCCAAGCCAGGCCCCAAACGCACUUACAUUGCGCUCUCAAAGGCGAGCAUGAAGACGCUGGAGAACCUCAUCCUCAACCACUCGGCAGAUCCCGACAUCUACCGCAGCGGUGCAUUUUACGAGGCACUGAAGGCUUUGUGUAAUCCGAUUGCACUCAAGUAUGGCUUCUCGACCAUCACCAAAUCUACUCAGCCAUGGAGACUGGCCACCUCUACAGCCCUUGUCAUUCUAGAGGCAACGUUAUCCCAGAUAAUAGCCCUUGAGAUCAAGCGAGGAGUGGUGCAAGACAUUUGGACCACGAUCGUCGCUAUCGCUGAUGGAAUCUUGAGCGCAGAUUGCAAGAGUGCUGCUUCUGGAACCGACUUUGCGGCUGAUGAGACUUUCGACAUUGCUUCUUUCCACAAGCUAAGAGAACUCAUCAUUCCAGCACUUGGUGCUGAAGUUGUUUCUGAAAAGGCUCGCAAGUCUUAUGCUGAGAGUCUUUUCAGAACAUCCAUUAUCCACGCCCCUUCACCAGCUGAGGAGUCAAUCAUCAACGGCAGCCAUGAGAAGGGCCUAGCAGCUCUGUAUACUUCGCGUGCAGGACGGACAGUAGCAAUCCCGCCCACAAAACGCACAAGCAUGGCGUAUGUUGCUUGUGACGAGUUGUUUGCAUUGAUAUCCGCCAAGGAGGAGCCGGCAAUCGUCAUUCAGCCACCGACACCAAAGUCCCCAGACGCGAAACACCAACGGUUUGCCGAGUCACCAGUUAACCUCCACGGCCGGGUCGCCAGUACAGCUGCCCCGUUCCUCAUUCUACGAUGUGCGUUGACGCUCAGAGCGUACAUUGCCGAUCAACCUCUCCGAGGAAAGAUGCCUCAGCCGUUGAGCCAACGAAAGGAGCUGUUGUGGAUUCUAAGAAAGUUGGUGGACAUGAAGAGUGAGAGCGGAGCUAUUCCCGAGUUGAGCGGCGUGGAGAGCGAAGGAAGAAAGCAUCUACUGAGGUUGUAUCCUCUGAUUGUGCGAGCAUCAGGUGUAACUGGCGAUGAGAAGGUGGGGAGGUUGCUGAGAGAAGCGCUGGAAGUUGUUGGGGAUGAGCUUGGUGUUUAGACAAAGCGAUGAUAAUGUGAAGACAUAGAAGGCGUUAGAGCAAUUCAUCCAGCAAUAUUUCAAUGAUUAUCUCGGAAUUAUUCG